AUGUAUAAUAUAUACUUGAGAGAACAAGUUAAAAAGUUCUUUCCAAAACCUGACUUGGUCGAAGGUUUAAGAGUGUAUCGUUAUGAUCAUUGGCAUACUGCUAAUCAAAUGCUAGAGCACAACCAUGUUGGAUUGCUACUAGACAAGAUCAACAGAGGUAUGGUCGUUCCUUUUCAAGGUAAUCAAGCUAUCGAGUUGAUAUGUGAAAAGGUAACAGACUAUGACAUGUUUAUGCAAUUGUAUAACCUCAAAAGAGAUGCAUUUCUGUCACAACAUCUCGUAUCGUGUGCAAUCAAAGGUGGAAAUGUCAGAAUUGUACAGACUCUUCUUGACCGGAUCACUCCAAUGACUUUGUGUACAUACAAUGCCUAUGUUAUGGCUGUCUAUCAUGGUCGACUCGAUGUGCUAAAGUUGUUGAUUGAAAGAAAGGUUGAAUAUUGUGAUUGGGACAUAUUCCUCAACAUAGAGUAUUUGGAAUCUGGACGACGUAGGGACCUAUCUCGCUAUGGGAUCCAAUCUGACGUCAUAAUGAUUCGAGACGCCACCGAUGCCAUGGAAGCAUUCGACUUUCUCAAGAACAAUGAACAAUUCAAAUCAACAGUACCCCAUUACAUAUUUCCACGCUUGACCUCAGCCCAAGGCAACUUUGGUCCAUUGAUACUGUAUGAAGAGUUUUUGAAAAGACAUCCCCACAUGCUUGACAACAGACCCUACCUCACCAAAUACAUUCGAUUACUGCAGUCUUCAGACCGACGUUACUCUCAUUCAAAUCCUCAUUCAAGGUUUGAAUGCGUCAAACACGAGCUAUUGGAUCCAAGACUCAAUAUUCGGUAUUUACUUUUGGAUCAUGAUACAACAGAGUGGUCCAAAAAAAAAGCAUUGAUCCAAUACGGGAGAUUGGAUGAUAUGCCGGCUAUCAUUCGCAGCUUACAUACAGAGAUUGAUGGAUCAGAUAUCUUUGAAGCAGCCGUGUCUCGAAAAGAUGAAAAUGCACAUUUGGUGGUUGAACUGUUACUCAGUAGAGGAAUGAGCAUCCCCCAACCUUGGCGUCUAUGUAAGGUGGGUUCAGAUAAAACAUGGAACCUUCUCGAACCCCUCUUACCACAUGGAUCCGAAAGAGAACCACUGACCUCCUCUCCGUGGUAUGAAAAAAGUCGCAAAGAAUCAAAAGAAAAAGAAAGAAUAGCUGAUAUCAUUUGCAGAUGUAUGUCAUUGGAAUUGUUUCUCGUACAUUGCCGUCAAUACACCAAAUACACUGCAUACUCUGAAUACGAUUAUAAUUCAAAAUAUGAUCAUUUGUAUAGUGCCAUUACAAAUGGAAGCGCCCAAAGCUUGGAAUUUGUAAAGUCAAUAGUACAACAUCCAAAAUUUCCAACCAAAGAGUCAAUUUGUCUCACCAAGAUUGCAUCAUCUGGUUCGAUUCUAAUGAUUGAUUAUUUCAAGUCAUUGUAUCCAUUAUGUUAUACCGAUCGUGCACAUUCACGUGCUCUCUUGGAAAUCAGGACAAGUAGAUGUACUCAAACAUUAUAUCACCAAACAACCAGAAUUGAAACGUAUUCUUAA